AUGGAGCAAGAUGUUCGCACACCCAGCGUCGAGAGGCUCGGGGGCUCCUUUCUCAGUUCGGAUUCCAUACAAGAAGAGCAUUCAGUGUGCAUGGAAUCCCAGAAGGAAAUUCAGAAGCAGAACCUGCCAUCUUUCAGUCGCUUACCUCGCAGUGUAAUCGAAAAUAUUUUAUAUCUGGUUGAUGCCAACAGCUUUGCAUCCCUGGCCCUCCUCAAUCGGAAAUGGAGGCGUAUAUCGGAAUCAACCGCAUUUUAUGCGUACCAUCUAUCCCGGUGUCCAUCUUUCACCGCGGUGCGGGAAUCUAUCACUAGUGAAACUAAUCCUGAGAAUCUUGCGUCUCUAAAACGCCGAUUCUUGUCGGAAGCGAGACGAAGUACAUUCGAGGUGUUCCUCAAGCCCCGCAGGAAGCUGAUCAAACUAAUCUCGUCGUCCAUGAGCUCCUCGACGGCAUUCCCGCAAGGUGAAGCUUUUCGGUUCGCAUUCUCACCUAAUGCGCAAAUGGUCCUCUGUAUCAGCUCGUCGCGAAUCCUUGUUCUGGAUGUGACGACAGAUUGCCCGUCAGUGAAGCACGAGCUCAAGAUUUGGAGACGCCCGCUUAAUGCGACCAUCCUAGAUGAUGGGUCGCUCCUUGCGGUUGUCUCUUCCGAUCAUCAGGUCAAUAUAUAUAGCCUGACAAGCGAAGAAGCACAUCUCAUCCAAGAUCUCAAGCUGAACGAAGUCCCACGGGCUCUGGCGCUAUCCCCUAACGGAGGCGUCUUGGCAAUUGCAUACAAUGACAAAAUCGAAAUGUAUGCUGUUGGAGAAGGGGCUCUCGCCACUGAGCGAAGGGCUGUUCGAUGCGACGGAGUUGACGCCAUCUCGUUCUCGUCGGACGGCGUUAUGCUGAUUGGCUCUUCUGCAAACUGCGACAGUAGCAAUCUGGUCACUAUCUCAGUACCUUUCUACACCGAUCCGGAAACUGAAGCAUCGCCAAGAGAGGUCCAGGUUCGUAUGUGGACUACUCAGAUUCUAUUUCCAGAUCUUUUCCCUGGGUACAGCCACGCGUGUCUACUCCCGCUACAUACGGAGGGUGAAGGCAGUUGGGUUCUGGGAUUCGAUCGGCGCAUACGAGCGUUCAGAGCGUUUGGGGUCACCAAUGCGAAUUCUGGGACAACGUACUUUGUCGGACCUAUCUCCGAGAGCACUCUUCAUGAGUCUUUACCAAUGAUGGUCCCCUCUGCGGACUGUCAGGGGGAAUUGGUUGCGUUGGGAUUUCAAGGUUCCGGUCUCUGGGUGUAUGGGGUCCCACAUCGUCUCGAUAUUGCGAGUGCGAUUGAACAUACGCAAGAUCUACCUGAUGUUGCUCAAGAUCGCCGGACUAGGAACCUAGGCACCUUGCCGCAUGACAACUCCCUUCGGCUCGAGUGGGCGGUCGAAAAGCCCAGAACCCUAGUCAGUGGGCAUAAAAUCAGCGAUAUGUCUGGCCUGAGCGCUGCCCGCUGGGUCCGGGAUUCGCCUUCUAAGUUAGGGCGACGUCGGCUGGUGGCUGUGGCCCCUGGCGGUAUUAGCCCUCCCACCAUUGGUGAUGAGGAUGUUCCUGUUGAUGGCGGAAGAGUACUCCUCUUGGAUUUUGAGCGUUCUCCGACCGAUGGGCAGGUCACAGAAAUCAAUAUUGAGAUUGGAGAAGCGGAGCCCAAAUUGCUUCACGAGCCGAAUUCGAGUCUGGACUCAGAAGUCGAGUUAGAACGACGAAGAACUCUUCUACACCACAGAGCCGCUGCUUCCCAGAUGAGAGCCGCGCCUCGAGACGUCCACCCCGCUGCACGCCUUGAUAAUCACCAAACACCAUCAUUCGACUCCCGCAGGCAUACCUCUUUCUUUUCCGGCUCUUCAAAUGACAUUGCCGAUAAUGGGAUACCGCCACUGCCCGAUACCCCCUACGACAAUACCCAGCCUCGGUCCCAGGAUACACUUCGUCGUGCGGCCACCGCCGCAUCUUCGAGUCGCGGGCGCUAUAACCCCCUCUAUCGUGACCGGUGGAGUCGUAUCCAGAACGAGCGGCAAACUCCUCAGGUGCCUCAGUUAUUCCAGGUUCCGCAUGAGAGCGAUGCCGACAACUGGGUCCCUCCACCCCCUCCUUACUCCCGUGAGCCUGAUGCACCUCUCCCAGAGUACCUCAGACGGACUCUUCUUCCGAGAAGAACGGAGGCUGCUGUCAGAGCCGGUGCAACAGUCCUCCCAGUUCGCAGAUCCCAAACCACUCGUUGGGAUAAUGCGUCUCAGGAAGGCUUAUCACGAUCUCCUCAACGGAUGAACUCCGUCGCUGGCUCUCUUUGGGAUUCACAGGAAGAAUAUGAUCAAGACGGCAUUUUACGAGGAAGAGAUCAUACUGCUCGCCACCUACACGACUCACGGGUGCGGCAUUUCGACCCCCAGAGAAUCGACAGCGGGCCAGCCCAGCAAUUCCUUUCGGUCAACCCUCCUAUGACCACCUUACAAAUGAACGAGCAGUCUUUCAUGGACAAUCAAUGGCACGCUGGCGGGUAUGCCGCCCAACCAACACCGCUGGGAACAAGCCAUUACCCGCUUUCUAUCUCCUCGCCCAAUCUACAAGUUCCAGUUCCUGAGAACAGUGCUGCACCCGUCGUGCAACCCAACAGUCGCCUAAACAGCAUCCACCGGUCAACAACUCGACGCUCACAAUCCCACGACUUCCGGUUGCCACCCACAGGGAUACCACAUCUCAAUCGCCGCGUGUCCACCGAUCCCACGCUCUCCAUGACCUCAGCGAACGAGCUAUGGCGGAGGCGGAUCGAGGAAUGGAACGAACAGACCAUCUACGAGCGGAACAAAAGGCGAACAAGAUGUAUCGUGAUGUAG